AUGCCAGCAGGAGUUACUUGGGGUCAAUAUAUAUCAUUUUCUAUUGCGGCUAUGUUAUCAAUGCUUGCCGGAUCUCAGCUUGUUCACCAACAUUAUAAACCUUUAGUUGAUUUGAAUAAAUACAUAAACAAAGAGCUUGAACAUCUACCAGAAAAUCUGCAAGGGAAGAUUAGAAGUGAACUUAAAGAUGAAGGUAUUCUUAAGUGAAUGAUGAUAUUUUU